AACUUUUUAAACAAUUCAUGUUUUAUUUUUUAACAAAUUACACGAAGGCUAUGUCGCCUUGCUUCCUUCCGCAUAAAGGAGUGGGAUUGGCCCUAUCAGUUUUUACUGAAGUCCUUUUGGACUGACAUGUAUCCUGUAAGAUCGCAACCUGGAACUUUGGAGCUAAAGUUUGUGAUAGAUGGAUUGACUUGUGAUAUCUAUCGGACGGACUUGCCGCGUCUACACGCCGACCUCGUGAGGGACUUUGAUCGCGUAGACUACAGUAUGAAUCAUCUGAGAGCGCGCCCUAUACCAUACAGCUGGCCAUUUCUCAGUAUGUACUCGGGAGAAUGCUCCAAUAUUAAUUUAGACUCGAAAGUAUUUUUCAUUCAUUUAUUUAUGUAAACAGCAGUGAAUCAUUCAUACAACACCUACUUGCAACCAUAAAUUUUCGCUUACGAAUUCUUCAAGUAUGCAAAUCGAUUGAUUUGUGAAAUGAGCAUAUCGCUGAAACAGACAACGCCCUUAAAGAGCGAGUUCUGAUUGGUUCAUUUCUUGUCACGUGCGUGGGAUUCAGGUGCUGUACUAAUUACAACACUGUCUCGCGAGUACCUAUUGUCAUCAGAGAGGAAUGUCAAAUAUUCCUGGAAUUUACACAUCUGAAGAAUUUCAAUCGUUCGCACCUAAUACAGUCACAAAUAAAUAUUACCAACACAUACUACCAGUCAUCACUACUGUAUUUUUUAUAGGAUUAUCGAUCAGGGUGACAUAGUUACUAUAAAGCUGGCACGCGCCAGUCGCACAUGUGUAUCAGGGUCGCUGUGAUCGCUCAGUGCAGCCGCCAAUGUUUAUGUUCCGUUGGACACACAUACAUGUACACACAAGUAUACGUGGUGGUCGAGAUUUGACUUAGAGAAGACAAGUGUUCCUGUAUUUAAGCCGAUCUGAAAGAUAACUACCAUGUUCAUCGCAAGGGGGAAAGAGGCGUCACAAAACAUUUGUUUUUCGUGAAUGCAGUCCGAGAUGAAUUCCCAGACGUUAGACGGAGUUACGUCCCUUUAACUGUAUGCAGUAAGAUCCCAAAAUAGAACUGUACACAAACACAGGUUCGAGCAUGACCACUGGUUAAUAUUUAAAGUGCAGACUUCUGUGUUUACAAACAUAUAGCAGGCAACGUGUGCUGGUGGAAUUGACAGGUUUGUUUUUGAAAUAUAUCAUUUAAAAGGAUGUAAAACAUUGCAUUGGAUACGGGUGAUAUUGAUGAUAAAAAGUGCGAAAAUCUUGAAUUUAAUGCGAAUUUUUUUUAUUUUGACACUUGAUUUAGAUAUUUUUGAAAAAAGGUGAAAACCCAGGUUGUUUUAGCUGGCCAUUCGGUGGGAUUUCUGGCGGGAGCGAAUGACGUUUCAACGUUGCAUGACACACUGUAUUAUUUUUAGAUGCUCCCGCGAGUGUAUCUGCCUUAGGAAGGGGCAGCGCGGGAAGAUGCCUACUGUAUGAUCCGAUUGCAGACGAGUAUCUGUGUGCCUUAGUUAUAGUAUUUUUUUAUCCAGCUACGUCACUUUGAAACGAGAUUUCACGUGAGCUGGGAGACUACACAUAUUUUGAUCAGCUGUGAAGUGUAAACAGACAGACGGUCCAAUGGAGGUGGACAAGACCAUGUAAAUGUGCUGCAGACCUUACGUGGGUCACAAUGCUCUAGUAAUUUCACAGACAUUUCUUUUUGUUUAACCAAAUCCAUCCAAUGUUUUUGGACAGCAUGGAUCUGCUGGAUUCUUGCAAUGAUUUUCUGGAUCCAUGCGAUUUGGAGGUAAUCAAUGUCAACUCGAUCACGGACGAGAAGUUGCGAUCAGCCACCCUCGAAUCCCUUGAGACGGGCAAGAUCACACCCCUCCUCAAGGAGGAGCUCAAAUGUAGGAUCCUCACGCGCUGCUUGGAGGAGGGCAAGGAGCUGUCCCCGGAAAGGGCCAUCAAAAUACAACCCCGAAAGGACAAGCUGAAGCCAGAUGAGAUGAUGAAGCUGGAAAAAAGGCGGGAACAAAAUCGGAGGGCGGCGAGAAAGUUCCGGAUGAAGAAACAUAAAACAACAAAGACACUACAGCAGGAGUCGGAUGUCUUGGAAAGCAAGAACAACGAUCUUCAAGACGACAUCCAGACACUACUAAAACAGAAGUUUCACCUCCAGAACCUGCUGUCGGAACACGAGGGCAGAUGUCGACUAACGCCCGUCUCGGAGCGACUUUCACCCGUAUCGGAGAGACACACACCUAUCUCGGAGCAGGAUUUGUCUCCCAUGGAUGACUACCGUAUUUGUCCGAUCGCGUUACCUCCCCAAAACUUUAACAUGGAGUUACCGUAAAGGUUCUGUUGUCAAAGGACUGGCACAUCAUUACAUUGCAUAGAGUCAUCGGUAAGCAUUGUCGGCAUUCUGUCAUCAGUACCGUAAUCAACUUAAGAAACGUCACAUAAAAGAUGAUAACAUAGUAACCUUCCUAUUGCUGGUCAAUUUGUUGUGAUAGAUGAUUCUUUAUGAGACCAAUAGUUUAACUGUUAUAUCUACGAGAAGAAAUGAUCAUUUUAAUUACACUCUAUUUACGACAAUGCGAGUUCAGGAACUCCCGGCGACCUGUCUUCAUUUUCAUUCAUAUUCAUCUAUAGGCAUGCGUCAGAUGACAAAACACGUCCUUUCAUUCCAUAUAUGGACGAGUACAGUCUGAACGAUAACGCAUGCCCAGUCAACAGACAAAAUGAAAACAUCAAAAAUGAUCUCAUCCGAUAUUUUUGGAAUGCCGAAUUUUUAUAUUUAAACGGUUUGUAUAAUCCUGGUGGAUUUUCCACGUUGCACUUUUUAAGAUUGAUGAUUUUUUUUGUUCCCUUUUUGAGAAAUUCGCACAAUUAUUUUUAUUUCUAUUUUGAGGAACUGUAUUGAUGCUGUGUAAUAACUUACAUAUUGAAUAUAAUAUUUGUCACGUGUUUCCGCUUUUGUGGUCAAAGUGAAUUGUGGGUAUAGUGAUAGGUAUUGUGGGAAUAAUGACGUAUUGUCCGUCAGUGCCAGCCUGAACAACUAUUACUAACAAUGAGACCCAUUAAGUGUUUUCCAUUAUACUAAUCAAAAUACAAUAAUCAUUGAGAAACAUCAUCCCCCAUUACCAUAACAAUACGUUGACUCCAGCUUGAAUUGGAAUGUAUCGAAAAAUGAAUUCUCAGGAUUUCUUUCUUAUUACUUUAACCUGUUAGUUUCAGUUUGAAAUUGCUUUGUCUUUUUUUCUUAAAAGAUACCAAUUGAAGAUAAAAUAUUGGCUAUUCAAACGCCGGUCGUUUGGUGAGGUGUAAUUGGGGAUUGGAGGCUAAUGCUGGUGGUGCGGGGUGUCUCGUGAAUUCCAUUACAACGUUUCGCGCAGUUUGGCUGUCUCUUCUGAUUGAAUAAUCUAAUUGGAGAUUGCCUGUAAUGACAUUGUAAUUAGACACUGUUUUAUGGUCCUCAUCAAUAACACACAAUGCCUUCAUGGACUUUUUCGAUUGGAUAAAAUGCAAAUGUCAAGUUAGAAAUAACAGAGAACGGAUUUUCUCCGAUAAUGAAAAUAGUCCCAGUAAAUUGAAAAGAAAAAUCAAAAUGUUUACGUACAUGCAUUGUUUGUGUCACAGAUGAUAAUUAUAACACAACAAAUUAUUACAAACAAAUACGUCAUUCUAUUGUUGGUGUGUGACUCAUCCCUGUUUUUACGGUAAUUUGAAUACCAUUUCAUACAACCAGAAACACAUCAAAUUUUUAUAAGAAUAUAUAUUGCAUUAUAAAUACUAAUGAAUAAACACUAACACUAGCUCAACCUUAUCUUACCACCGACACCUGACAAAACACCACCUAUAACACAUAUCAGAAUGGGCUCUGUGUCCAUUUAAUUGAUCAGAACCAAUUGUACACGUGCUUGAAUAGCUUUUUUGAAUUCCGAUGUCGCGGUACGAGUCAUUAUGAUUAGCUACGAUACUUGGUUUGUUAGAGACAUAAACUGACUCUGUGAAAGGUCAUGUCCAGCUUUGUGACCGCUGGCUGUCUUCUAUACCGGUAUUGACCGGAUAUCUAUACAAGUCGUGACCGGUUAUUUGACUGGAUAUCUAUACCGGUUGUGAGACUGGAUAUCUAUUCACGACGUGUCCGGUUAUUUGUCCGGAUAUCUUUCCGGUUUUGUGCUUGGAUAUAUAUACGCGACGUGUCCGGUUAUUUGACUAGAUAUCUAUACCGGUUGUGUGACUGAAUAUCUAUACAAGUCGUGACCGGUUGUGUGACUGGAUAUCUAUUCACGACGUGUUCGGUUAUUUGACUGGAUAUCUAUACCGGUUGUGUGACUGGAUAUCUAUUCACGACGUGUCCGGUUAUUUGACUGGAUAUCUAUACCGGUUAUUUGACUGGAUAUCUCAACCGGUUUUGUGCUNGGAUAUCUAUACAUGUCGUGACCGGUUGUGUG